GGGCCGGGGCGCUCCGGCUGCUGGCUUCUGAUUGGCUGGGGCAAGCAGUGGCCGCAGCGGGUGAAGCCGGUGUUCUCGCACACCCGGGUGACGGCCAGAAGCCGGCAGGACUGAAAGGGACCCCGCAUCUCGGAAGACUCUUCAAGAAAUCAAAAUGUCAACCAACACAGACCUUUCUCUCUCUUCAUACGAUGAAGGUCAGGGGUCCAAGUUUAUUCGGAAAGCUAAGGAGACACCAUUUGUCCCCAUUGGAAUGGCAGGCUUUGCAGCAAUUGUUGCGUACGGGUUAUACAAACUGAAGAGCAGGGGAAACACGAAGAUGUCCAUUCACUUGAUCCACAUGCGUGUGGCAGCCCAGGGCUUUGUUGUGGGGGCCAUGACUCUUGGUAUGGGCUAUUCCAUGUAUAAAGAAUUCUGGGCCAAGCCUAAGCCUUAGAAGAGCUGCUGCCUUGGUCUGGGAAGUGCUUGCUUUCAUUAGACGUCUCAUAUUGAGGUUACCUGUUUGUAUCUGCAAUAAAUACCAUGUGGGUUUAGACAAAACACAGUAUUGAAUAUUGGUUUACUUUCUUGCCAGCUUGAUUUGCCUGGUGGCCAAAUCAUUAGUGACUGAUUCACUAACUAGGUCACUCAGGGGAGUCAAGGUAACACAGAAGAAAUCUAUCACCUGAAAGUAGUUGGUCACAGUGUUUUCCUUACACCUUUAUGAUGAGAGUCACUGUGAGAAGGGCAGCUGACAGUGCAGAUACACACACACUAUGUGCAGAGUAGGCCAAGCUUCGGGAGGGUGUCAGGAAAGAACCCUGUUUGCCCUGGUUCAUUUAUUUUGUCUACCUGUGGGCUGACUUUAGAACUUCAGGUUUUAAGGUUUGUUGGCUUCUGAAAACACUUUCCAAAGAGUCCAUGAAAUAUAGCUUAUAAAGCCCCUAUAACUAAGUAGGAGGGAGUGUGUGUUUUGUGCGUGUGCGUGUGUGUGUGUAGAACAACCUAGAAAGCUGAUAAAAGCUGCAGAGAGGCAGUGUUUAUUAGAAUCACACUUACAAAUUGAUUAUGGGUUCUAGUUUAGUUCUUUUAUAAUUGCAAAGUUAUAUUUUUGCUGCUUGGUAAUAGGAUAAUUCUUAAACAUCUUAAAAUAUAGAGGUAUUGGGGUUUUUUUGUGGUGCUGGACAUUAAAUGCAGGGUCUCACAUAGGCCAAGCAAGUGCUGUGCACUGAGUUGAACCCCAGCAGAAGUAGGUACUGUACGUUGUAAUCCAAGGAUAAAGGAAAUGCACGCCUACUGCAGGCAGUGUGUCUACUUUGUAAGAAUCAUGUUUAUUAAAGUACCAAAGUGAUGGGUAAAUGGUGAGUAGGCUGGUGUUCCGAGACAUUACACACAAACUUGGAUAUGCAGAAUGUUAAGAGCACUGUGAAAUCCCUGUCCAACCCUUACAUUCCAUAGUGACAAGAUGUCGUAUGUAUUGUUAUUAAAGUAAGUCUGAACUAUCA